CUGAUAAAGAUACACUUGCAUACGAGGCUCAAACCCAAUCACAUAUGAAGAUAAGGUUUCAACCCAUAAAACCAAACAUAAAUAUCACUUGUGUUAUUCUCUUCUGUUCAGUGAGUUAUCAUUUGUUAUGGCCAAAGCUUCAAAUUUGGUGUCUCCAAGGAUCUUCAAUUCAGUUUUCAAUCCAUGCCACCAAUCCAACACCAUCAGGUUGCACUCUCAGUUGAAUUCUCACAAUCAUUCCAACAAUGCCAUUGCCUCUACCAAAAGAAAUGAUAACUUUCACUCUCCAUUGAUUGGCAAGAACACAAGCAGGGCGACUCGUCGCCGGCUGAUCACGAUAUCACCAGGUGACGGCAGAUAUCAUGGGGAUUGGACAAGCAACUACCAUGUAUCAUUGCAAGAGCUGCAGUUACAGGAUUUGAUUGAAGAUGAUAAUGAUCAACACAAGGAUGCACAAGUAUUCAUCAAACUCAACAUCCAAAAGCAUGCUAGCUUUGGCCUAUCAGUGGAUGGAAGAGUUAUGACAUCAUUCACUAGAAAGUGUGGCACCUGUUGUUCCCCAUAUUGCCAACAGAUUGACGCAAACUUUAACGUAUGGGUUCUCAUGGCAAAUAGAGAUAACCGCAAGAUGCAACUACCCGAAAUUGGUGGUGAUCCUUCUGUGAUAUAUGUCAGACCAGGAUCUGAGGUUAAUUUGGAUUCUCUUGUACAAGAUGCUAUCAGGCUAAACUCCACAGUAAAGGUGUGUUCAUUAGAAUUUCAAAUCAUUAUAAGUUCUUAUUUUAGAAGCUUUAAUUUCUUUUUUCAUGUAUUAAUUUGCAGGAUACUUGCUCUGAGUUGUGCGAGAAAUCUGAGGGUACAAUACUAUUUUCAAGUGGACAAGGUCAGGCCUAUGUUGAUAAAAAGUGGUUUUCUAGAUUACUGGAACUGAAGAAAAAGAAAGCAAACUCAUGAUUUAUACAGCAUGGAAAUUAGAAGUUCCUUGUACAUAAUAGUCAGUUUGCAAAUAGCUUGUAUGUAUAAGUAACGACUCAUCAACAAAAUAAUAUCACUUUUACUUAAAUUUUGCAUAUUGAUACUUCAGAUGGUGGAUAUCA